UUCUUCUUCACUAUUCACACUUGCUAUGAAGAGUACCCUGUCAAAAAGCUUUGUGAAAGGUUCGAAGUCAGCUGUCGCUGAUGCCUCCCCGGCUGUUGUUGAUGCUACUGCCGCUUCAGACUUGACGACUUUUUUUGAAAGCUCCGAGCCCAACUUCGCCACGGAGUUCAUCGCCACGCUCAAGGUCUUUCUCGAAACCACCUUUACCUACGACCGUUUUAUGCAGCUCCUUAUACUCUACUUUGUCUGCCACACGUACUACCUCAAGUACGAGACAACCCGCUUCCCAUACACCCUUAUUACCACGCUCGACGCUUCCAACGUGCUCUUUGUCAUUGUGGUCAACUACAUUGGAAUCCUUUUGAGCAUCGCCGCGACCGUGCGCAAAUUUGGCACUGAUGGAUUCCCCUCCUUCAACGCGAUGGUAUACGGCAUGUUUGUGCCUAACUUGGUUGCCUUGAUGUUCUUGUACCUGCCAGAAUCUCCUUACUUGUUUUUCAGCACCUUGUCCCUCAACUACCUUGCGCUUGACGACCGUCUCGCUAUACAAUCCUCGUUCAUGAUCAAAAUCGGCUCAGCCGUCUUGUUCAUCCAACAGAUUGUCGGCUUGCAGGUCAUUCCAGUCUAUUUAAUGGUGGUUGCCAAGUACCUCACCUUGAAGUAUUUCUUGGACUACCUUUCCACCGAAAUCGUUGUCGACAGCGAAAAGAAGGAGGUGUCAUCCGGCAGAACCUCGCUCACCCAGACUGAAAAGCACGUGUUGGUGCAGCUCUUGGUGUUGGUGCUCGAACGGAGCUCGACCAGUUUGGAAUUCUUUGUCCUCCAGGCGUGUGUGUUUAGCCUUUUGUUUUCACUCACGGCUGUCCAGCCGUUCUACCAGUUCUUAUAUAAGCCAUCUCUCAAUUCCGCCAAGUCUUUCUAUGCCCUUCUUAUCGCUGCCGUCUUCCCCGUUGCUUUCUACAUCGCGGUGGAGACACAGACGGCUCCGCUUAUUGGCAAACCAGGUGUCUGGCUCUACCACUACGUCACCGAGUCUCCGUUUAACCUCCAAUGCUGUACCCUCUGGGCCGUCAUGCUCGCCACGACGGCGCUCGCAAAUUUCUCGCUCAGUGCGCUGUUGAACACCAAGCGCAAGGUCUGGCACUUUGUCUUGCUCUCCAUCGUACUCCUUCCCGAUGCGCUCCUCUUUUUGCAGAACGCCGCGCUUGACGAGACAGCUGUGGCAGCCAAGAACCAGUUUGUAAAGAUUGCGUUAUCGCUUGUGGCUGUGGGUCUUAUUUUGGCUGAAACCUUGCGGGUAACCCAGUUUUCCCCCCUUGGAAAGCUCUUGUUUGCCCAGUUCAAGCCAUUCCAGGAUGACAGGGACAACGCCGGGCCCUUGGUUAUCUCUUACUUGUUUCUCAUUUUUGGCGCCACCUUGCCUUUCUACAUCCACGACUCCCGGUACGGGGCCACCCAGAACCCGUUGCUCGCAUACGCGGGCAUUGUUUCCGUCGGUCUUGGUGAUGCCAUGGCUUCCUGCUGCGGCAAGGUGUUAGGGGGCAUGCAAUGGGCCGGCCCACACAACAAAAAGACGUUGAGCGGUUCUGUGGUUGGCUUCAUGGCCUCUACCAUCGUCUGUUUCCUCGCGUUGAAGUACAUCAAGACCCACAACUGGGAACAGCUUGUGGAUGCGCUUGCGCAGGGUGUAGACGGUCACCAGCUCUGGGCCUCUGUGGCUGACGAGCAGAUCCUCUGGGCUUGUGUGUUGACUGGGGUUAUGGAGGGUAUCUCGGAUGUGAAUGAUAACUUGUUUAUUCCGUUGGUCAUGGUUGCCGUGUUUGAGGCGGUGUAGAUCCGGCCUGUAAGGCGGGUGUUGACUGUGCUUAACAUCGCCUUGGAAUGAGAAUAUUACUUGUAUUCAUAUAUAUGCACGAAGAAAUGGCAGAGA